UGUGUCGGGUUAGAGAUUGUUUUAAGUUUAGGCCUAUGUGUUAUGAUAUAAAUGGUUAAGUUUACUGUAGUAGGGGAAAGAGAUGUUUAAGUUGAGAUGUUUGUUGUUGAGUUAUUAAGUUAGAUACGGUUACGUUUAGGUGCUAGGACAGAGAUGUUAAAGUUUAGGUAUUACAUUAGAGAUGGUUACGUUUUGUUAAAAGGUUAGUGAUGGUUCAUUUAGGUAUUAGGUCCGAGAUGGUUACGUUUAAGCUUUUGGUCAGGGAAAUGUUGAGACCUAUACAUGCGGUCCUAUGAAUGCGGUCCUGACACUGCGGUCCUGAGACUGCAGCCUGCUCUAUUGUAGCAACUACUCAGACAGAGCCUGGGAUGGGAGCGGAUCAGUCUUCAUAAACCUAACGGUGCUGUCGGUGGAGACGCUGCGCGAAAACGCUACGUCGCUUUAACUCAGAAAACAUUUCCUUUAUAGACCAAGCCUCAAUGUGUGGGCCUAGUGGGCCUUGGGCAGCCCAGUAGACCAAGAAGACCCUGCUACUCCCCCCACUACCCACAGGCCUGGAGGCAGAGACAGAGACAGCCAUGAGUACAGGCAAGCCCAGUGGACUGAAACCCCCUACCAAGAUAGGACGCCCUGCUGGAGUGCCAGUGAGGACGUCCCCCUCUUCGGGCGCUGCGAAGGCCUUCCCCCCUACCCCUGCUCCGGAGAGACCCCCGGCCCCCGGCGGGGCCACCUCCCCGGGCCACGAUGGAGCCCCCGGGCCGGACUUCCAGCUGGGGGAGAAGGUCUGGGUGAACGGCAACAAGGCCGGCUGCGUGCGGUUCAUCGGAGGCACCCAGUUCGCCCCGGGCCAGUGGGCCGGGAUCGUGCUGGAGGAGAGCAUCGGGAAGAACGACGGCUCGGUGGCCGGGGUCCGCUACUUCACGUGCGAGGACGGCCAGGGGAUCUUCACGCGGCCGUCCAAGCUGUCCCACACCCCGCUGCCGCAGAAGGAGAAAGAGGAGGCGGUGGUGAACGGAGGGAAGGUUGAUGCCAGCCCGGCCCAAGGUGCCAGCCCAGCACAGGGUGAAUCCAAGGGGGAGGCAGAGGCCACGCCCACCAGCCCCGCGACUGCUGCCCCCUCGACUGCUGCCCCCGCGACUGCUGCCCCCGCUGCCCAGGGCUCGGGCAUCAGGACGAUGGGAAGUUUAGAUAUAGCACUCCCGACCAGCGGGUCCAUGACCAACCUCUCCGAGACGGACUCAGUCAAGAAGGGCCAGAGGGAGCUGAGGCUCGGAGACCGAGUCCUGGUGGGGGGCACCAAGGCGGGGGUGGUGCGGUUCCUGGGUGAGACGGACUUCGCCAAGGGGGACUGGUGCGGUGUGGAGCUGGACGAACCACUGGGGAAGAACGACGGGGCGGUGGCCGGAGCCAGGUAG